GCAAACCUAAUCUAACGAAUGACUACAAACUAAUCAAAUUACUCGAAGGAUAUGAAAAUGACGUACCAGAAUUAAAAAUUGUAAUACAUGCCUCAAUAGGAUUAUCGAUAAAUAAUAAACUCCAAUACGAUGGCAAAUUCAACUGGAAAAUAAACAGAAUAAUAGAAGAAAUCAAGCGCGCAGGACAAAUAGAAAGCAAAACAUAUGUAUUAUAUAUAGGCAUAUCAAAUACAGAUAAAGAUGCAAGAGAAAAACUACAAAUAAAACUAAACCUCGAAGAAAUACUUAGAAAAAUACAAGAAACCAAAGUAAUGGUACUGUUAGAAAACUCUGCAUCAAAUAAAUGCUACAAAGCCAAUAUGGAAGAGCUCAUACAAAUAAAAAAAAGCAUUAAAAAAGAAUUACAACACUUCAAAGAUAAAAAUGGAAAUAAAGUACCAAGAGUCAAGCUAUGCUUUGACACACAAUACUAUUUUGCCACAGGAGCUAGCAGAUUUAUAGAAGACUAUGAAGAAGUCUUAGACAAAUAUGGAAAAGAAAUCCAUUUAAUAUAUAUAAACAAUGUAAUAAAAGAAAGAAAAUUUCAACACCCAAGUGGAGCGGAACACUACCAAGACCCUAAAGAAGAAAAAUCACAAAAAAGAAUUAGAGAACAAAAACGAGAACAAACAUUACAAAUAACAAAUGAGUUCUUAAAUAAAUAUAGAACCGAAGAACAAGAAUCCCAAAAUGAACAAUUUGUAAAAGAUUUAGAAGAAUUAAUGGUAGAAAUUACUAAUAUAGAAAAUGAAUAUGAAGCAAUUCAACGAAUGUCUAAAGAUAAACUUGAAGAAGUAUAUCAACAAAUACAAACUAUACCAACUUUACCACAAGAAAUAAAAGAGACACAAGAUAAUGAAACACCAAGAGAAAAGAUUUAUACUUUUCUAAACUGGCAUAAAGAACAACAAGAACCUACUAAACAAUAUUAUAAAAAUAAAAUAGCAGAACGAGAAAGAAAUUAUCAAUAUAUAUAUGAUGAUGCUAUACAAAUACAACUAUCCCAAUUUGUAAAUAUACCAAUGGCUGAUAAACAACUAGUUAUGCAACAAUUAAUAGAAGAAUCAAACA